AUGAUGUUCGGGUCGGGGAUGAAUCUCCUCAGCGCGGCGCUCGGCUUCGGCAUGACCGCCGCCUUCGUCGCGUUCGUCUGCGCGCGGUUCAUCUGCUGCCGCGCCCGGGACGCGGACGAUGGCGCCCCAUCGCCGGUGGACUUUGACGUUGACUUCCCAGCAGAUCUCGAACGCCCGGUAGAGGAUGCUAAUUGUGGGUUGGAACCUUUGGUUAUUGCUGCAAUUCCUAUUAUGAAGUACUCUGAGGCUUUAUAUUCAAAGGAUGAUGCCCAGUGCUCCAUAUGUCUAGGUGAAUACACUGAGAAAGAGCUUCUAAGAAUCAUUCCGACAUGUCAACAUAACUUUCACCGUACCUGCUUAGACUUAUGGUUGCAGAAGCAGACUACUUGCCCAAUAUGCCGGGUCUCGUUGAAAGAGUUGCCUAGCGGCAAAGCUGCCAUAGCACCUUCAUGUAGCAAUCCUCAAGUGCGCCCCCGCACUGAGAACUCUGUUAAUCCAGCACCUGACUGGCUCCUCCCUGUUCAUCAUUCUCACAGAGGUCAACAGAAUAGUUCAGACACACAAGCAUCAGUAGAAGUGGUUAUUGAGAUACGCCAAUAA